AUGAACUUGGCGGUUUCACUAACAAUUUAGAUAAAAAAGCUCAAAAAAUGCCUCCCAAGAAGCGAGAUAAAGACGGUGAAUCGAAUAAAAACUCUAAAAUAGAUCAUUUGCAGGCCGAUCAUGAGCUAUUCUUACAGGCAUUUGAAAAGCCAACACAAAUAUACAGGUUUCUAAGAACACGAAAUAUGUUAUCGCCAAUAUUCCUAAACAGAACUUUAUCGUAUAUGAAAAGAAGGAUGUCAAGAAGUAAUAAGAGUAGAACAGGCUUUAAAGUUGACUCUUUGUUGGAAAAGAUAACAUUAAAAAAAAGUACUGAACUUCAGCCCAAUAGCUUAGGAGGAUACAUGACUCUAACAUUCUUAGGAUUCUACGAUAAGAGCCUCAUUGAUCCUAGAGACUAUCAAGUGAAAGUGGAAACCCUUCUCUUAAAAAUAUGUCAUAAAAAACGGAAAGAGAGUUCGUCUGCUAUAGUUGAAGUUUCAGUUGGCAGUUGUUCAGUUCCACUAAACCCCUCAACAUCUGAACCUCCUGCGAUGGCUUCAGCAGUAAGCAUAUCAAGUGACACAUUCAGUCCAUCACAGGGUCCUAAUGUAAAAUCUUAUAUGCUUAUGUUAAGAGUAACAGUCACAAAAGCGAAUGCUGCCAAUACUUCUAAUGGUACUACUAAUACUGAGAUCACAAAUGGAGAUUGCGAAGCAGAGCCAGUGACAAAGCGUCUGAAGUCUACAACGGAGAAUACUGAUAGUAAAUGGAGCAAGCUUUAUGGUAGUGAAUUGAUAGUAUAUGACAAGCAUAAUAGAUGUUUGCUGACUAAUGGAGAGUAUGAUCUUGUAUUACAUGACACACCACCUACAAGAACGAAUACCCUCGCUCGAUCACCGCACAAAGCACUGAUGGCACAAUGGGAAACUAUACCUAAUGAAAAUGAUAUACACGCAGAAUCUAAUCCAUUUGACAUAUUCAAAGUGAGACCAUUAUUAAAAUUAAAAUUGAGCUGGAGUCAAGAACCCACAAAUGGGCUGGUGAACAGGCCUAAAUUGUACCAACAAUCUAGUGAAAAUGGACUAAAAAAAGAAUCUAAUUCUAGCAAAGAAAAAUCAUCACAUAAAACUAAUUCUAAUGAUGUCAAAAAUGGUGAAAAAUUGAAAUUUGAGCCGAAUGAAACUGACUCUAAAAGACAGCAGAUAAUCUACCAGUUCCUAUAUAACAACAAUUCGAGACAGCAAACUGAAGCAUGUGAUGACUUGCACUGUCCAUGGUGUUCUUUGGACUGUGGGACUUUGUAUUCACUGCUGAAACACCUUAAAUUGUGUCACUCUAGGUUCAAUUUUACAUAUUUUCCGAUCCCUGGCGGAGCGCGUAUCGACGUGUCGAUCAACGAGCUGUACGAUGGCUCGUACACGGGCUCCCCGCACGACCUCAUCGCGGGCAUGGGCGGCGGGCGCGCGGGGCCGGCUCGCCGCACCGCCGUCACCCGCGUGCUCGUGUGCCGCCCGCGCCGCCCCGCGCACCACGACCUCGCCGAGUUCCUAGAGCUGGACGACGCAGACCUGCUGGACGCGCAACGCCCCUACGUCACCGGACACAAUAGGCUCUACCACCACACGAUUACGUGUCUACCGGUGUAUCCCAACGAACUAGACAUAGACUCCGAAAGUGAAACUGAUCCCCUGUGGCUGCAACAAAAGACUAUGAUGAUGAUAGACGAGUUCACGGACGUCAACGAAGGCGAAAAAGAGCUCAUGAAGAUGUGGAACUUACACGUCAUGAAGUACAAUUACGUAGGGGACUGUCAAAUUCCGCUCGCUUGCCAAAUGUUCCUUCAAAUGCGAGGGAAAGAGCUUCUAGAAAAGAAUUUAUAUAGGAACUUUAUCUUGCACAUGUGUUCGUUGCACGACUUCGGACUGAUCAGCGCGGUCGCUCUCUACCAGACCGUUCAGAUGCUCAACCAAAUGUUAGCGGACAAUCCUGAGGCCAAAGAGAGGAUGCGUGAAUCGCUGAAGGCGCAGCGGGAACACUGGAACGCCGUCGGGAAGUACCAGCAGCCGGCCGUCAUAGAGCAGAAACCUCAGACGAGCACGGCCAAGCUGAACAGCGUCGAAGCCUCGCCGUCGGUUCGCCGAAAGACUUCGAACCUUCAAAAUGCCAACAGGAUGGCGGGUGCCAGUGCCAGUUUUAACAAAUCGUCGAGCCCCGGUCCUAGUCAUACGGAAACCAAACGGAAAAUGUCUUCAGGGAGCAUACAGAGCCGCAAACGUUCGUCUAUAUCGGAGAGAAAGAGCUCUGUAUAGCGAAUACUGCGCUGGCAGUCCACCGCGGACUGAGGCGCACGAGGCUAACCGCUCAACAGGGGGAUCGUGCUCAGCUCUAUACAGCUCGUCGAUUAACGAUAGAACUUCUAGCGCUUUUUAUCUAAUUCGAUAUCGAUUAUUAUUUUCUGAAUAGGGAACCGGAUAGUUACUACUUUUUUAAUAUCCGCGCAUUCUACGUCACUUUUCUUUGUGUGACGUCAUUUGGGGCCAAAACUGACAGUUUAUUGUCAGUGGACCAAAUGGAGGACAAGCAAUAAGCUAAUAAUGAAUUGCGGACAAUUAUAUCAAUGAUUUAAAAGACAGAUACUAAGGCACGUAAUAUCAAUCGUAGUUUAACUAAAAUCUAAGGUUUCAACGAUCACUCAUAAUUAAAUCGUAAAGGCAAUCAUAGUUGAACUUUCAUUCUAAGUUUAAACUAUCUCUAAUUAAAAGCGGCCAUAAAAGGGCGGUAAACUGUGAGAAUGGGUUUAAAUUAUUAUUUUCAAAAUGGCCGCUCGAAGCCAAUAACCGCUGAUUCGUGUCAAAUUUACUAGAAAUAGAUAACUAUGACCUCAUAUCGCUAUGUUUUUAUUUAUUAACUAAUAUGAACAUGUUUUUAUUUAUAUACUAAUAUACUAUUUUAGCAAUAUGCUAAGGCAUUAGGCAAUAGCCCACUACUUUUCUUAAAAAUUAUGUUUUCAAUUUAGAAAAAUUGAGAACGCGUGAUUUCAUUUCAACAGACCUUUUAUCAUUAUGAAUUGAAAGUGUACACAUAUAAAUUUAAGAACCGUGACAAAGAAUUUAUUUCGCCUUGAAAUAGACAAAACGUUAAUUUUUAUUUGCCGAAAUAUAUUCAGCUGUUAUAAUUCAGUUUAAGCAAAUUUAGUUUAUACACUUGAAAAGAGAUAGAAAAGAAUGAAUAUUGCCUCAACAUCAAAGUCAGCUCAGUUUGAUUAAAUUAUGUUUAUUUUCGUAUUGACAUUACUAAAACUAAACUUGAUUAAACUUGAACUAACCAAUAGAUUAAACUUGAACUAAAUUUUUUUAAACUUUGAUUUUAACCACGAUGUUAUAUUACGGGCCUAUUUUAAGAAAAUAGUGGAAUUGAAUUAACAUCCCAUGCAAUCGAUUUUUGGAUUGUUUUGUUGAUCGAUGUCCGGUUCCCUAUUAUUUUACUACCGUAUUUUAAUUCUAUGAAAGGCUUUCCAUGUGAUGGAUGAUAAUAGUUUAGUUAAAUUAUUAUAAUAUUUUCUGUUUCGAUCUUUUAGAUCAAGACGUAUAAAUGCCGUUUGUUCGUAAUUUUGUUUUAAGUGAUGCAUUGACUGCCACGAUUCUAUUUACUGUGAUUUCUCAAUACUUAUUAAUUAUUAGCAAUAUUCUUUAGUUAUGGUUGUCGUCUGUAUCAGCAUGCACUUUGUAUAAUUUAUUUGCACACACCCACCUACCUGUAAUGGUCGCGUACAUUUCAAACUUAACUGAUUACUAAAUACUUGUUGCCUUUAAUAAAAAUAAAAGAAGAGACGUUCCUCUUUAGUAUUUCAAAUUAUUUAGAUAAUUCAGUUAUGCAUCGGUUUCAUUUUAGAUAAAUUUUAAUGAAUUAUAACAAUGUCGUUUAAAAUCGAGUCAUAGUGUAAAAUUAAGAAAUCGUUUUAUCGAAUUUCUUGCAUUUGUAAAGACUGCAGGGUGAUUAUUGCCUUAACUCGAUUUACUGUUCUCAAGUGGUCCUCAUACAAAAUGCAAAUUGUACGUUAGUAUAAAUAAUUUUAGUCUAAUAAAAUUUAUUCUCGUUAUUGUCAUUGUCAAUCAAACAUUUACUUUAAGUAGAUAAAGUACGGAAUAAUUUCUUUUUAUUAUACGUUUGAUGUUAAAAUAGUAUUUCAGUUGAUGUAUUAUUAUUAUUUGUGAUUUUUGG